AUGCCCGAAGCAGAGAAGAGGGGCCCCCCUCAGGGGCCCCCUCAGGGGGCCCCUGCGGAGGGGACCCACGAGUCUGGGGGUGGCAGCAACAGCCCCUCUGGUGGAGAGUGCCCCGUAGGGUUAGCAGCAGCGGCAGCGCAGCAGCAAGAGGCGCAGCAGCUCCAAGGGCAAGGGUCCAUGGAGCAGCAGCAGCAGCAGCAGGAGCCGCAGCGGCAGCCCAGCGGGGCCGCGCAGCAGCAAGGGGAGGGGAAGAGGCCCAGCAAAAGAGACAGCGACAUAAUGCGAUUUUCCUCUUGGAGUUUGCGCAGCAGCAGCAGCGGCUUGGCGGAGCAAAUGAAGGCUUUGGGGGCGCGGGCGGAAGCCAGCAGCAGCAGAAGCAGCAGUAGCAGCAGCACAACUCCCUUCGGCGUGGUGGUGGCUGGCUCUGGCCGUCUGCGUCUGAUGCAGCGGGAAGACUCGCUGUCUGCGCAGGCCUCAGCAGCAGCAGCAGCAGUUGCUGCUGCUGCUGCAGCGGGCGCCGCGCACUCCCCCCGCCGCCCGCAGCAGCAGCAGCAGCAGCAGCAGGGGGACGGCGCGGAGAGCGUGCGCAGCAGCAACCCCUCCCCGCGCCUCAGCGCUUCUCUCUUUGGCCAUUCUGCUUCUCUUUCUGUUGCAGAAGUUGCUGUUGCGCCUGGCCAAGAAGGCCUCGCGGAGAUCUUUUGGAAACCCGACGAGGGAGACUUCCUCGACUCCCAGCUGAGCGGGUUUGGGCGCCGGCGGGCCCAGUUUGCCCUCUCAGGCAGCCAGGAAGAAAGCCUUUCGAACGAAAUGCCUGAGGCACUCGUCCACGACAUACGGGAAGCUGCCGGCACACUGCACCGCCCGCCCGCCCCCGGCCACCAGGACUGGCAGUUCAAAAGGCGCCAAUCUUUUCGUCGGGUUUUGCGGCCGCGGGGCGGCAACCAUUUGGCCUCAGAGACGCUGGAUGCCCUCGCUGGGAUGAACCGGACGUUCUUGGGCGACAUAUAUGAGGAGCUGCAGGAGCAGGUCAGCAAAAGAAGAGAGCAGCAGCAGCAGCAGCAAGAGCAGCAGCAGCAGCAGCAGCAGCAGCAGGAGCAGCGGCAGGCCAGCGAGCCCGAGGUCUAUGAAAUCCCCGGCAUGCCGCCAGCGCCGCAGCCUUCGCGCGGCGCUGGCUACGAUGCAGGAACAAUAGACGCUGGAUCCGAAGCCUUGCUGAUGGAAGUCUCUUUCGAAGCGCCCGACCUUGACUUGGCUUUUGAGCGUUUCGCUGGGGCGCAGCUCUCACUGGACCAGCGGCAAGACGACGACCUGCGGCAGCUGCAGGGGCCCCCCAAGUUCGACCGCAUGCACACGAGGGGCCCCACGGAGAAGAAGGAGUCGCCCCGCAGCAGACUGGCCCGCCUCCGACUCGAGGUCCCGCAGGCCGUCGAGCUCCUCGAGAGUCUGUGUGCACACGCAGACGAAUCCCGAAAGAGACAGCAGCAGCACGGGGACUCUUCUUCUGGUGCUGCUUAUGUCCUUUCUCUUAACGAAGCACUGGCAGAAGCAGCACAUGAAGCAGAAACAACAGUGCGAGAGGGCGUUGCAGCAGACACGGCGCUGCAACAGGUGCUGUUCAAGCAGCAGCAGCCGCAGCAGCAGCAGCAGCAGCAGCAGCAGCAAGACAUGAGCCAGCCCUCCCUGCUGAACCCCACAGACACAGGGGGCCUCCUAGCGCCCUUAUACUGCCCCACCUCUUGUGUGGAGAUGGACACUUUGGCAAGAGAGGCUCAAGAGCACCUGCAAGUUCCGGUGCAGCAGCAGCAGAAAGGGGGCGGCAGCGGCAGCGCCAUUGAGGUUUUGGAUGCGGUGCCUUUGACUGCGGCGGCUCAAGGAGCUGCUGCUCGGCGGCUCUUGCUGCUUGAAGAAAGACUCAAAAGGCUGGAGCAGGCCUGCCUUCCUGCUGCAGCAGCAAACCGAACGGAGGAGCCUGAAGUGCUGCGCCUAGCGACUCAGUGGGAAGCAGACUCGGAGGCCCCAACUCUAGCUGAGCUGGCUUCGCGGCUUCACCAGCUGCUGUCGCUGGCAGCAGAUCCUUCGCCGCUGUCGCAGCUGUCGGCGCGGCUGUCGGUGGUGCGCUGCUGCCUGGACGAGCAGGAACAGCAGCAGGAGCAGCAGGAGCAGCAGCAGCGGCAGCAGCAGCGGUGGCAGGAGGAAAGAGGCACUUUUGACGAAGAAGACUUUUCGGAAUUCCUUCCAGAAAAGAUUGUGCUGUCUCUACACCAGCAGCUGGCCCCUUGCAAAACCCUAGCAGACAAUUUGCCCCAAGUAACUCAAGCCCUCAGCCAGGCCAAAGUCCGCUUCGCCAGCAUUGUUUCUCUCCUGGAGGCGAUGUCUUCGCAAGCAGCGCAGCAAAAGACGCUGCAGGAGAAGCUGACGAGCCUCCAGUCAAUUGCUGCUGCUCUCUCGGGAGCUUCUGCUGCUCAAAGAGAAGCAGAAAAGCCCAUAUUUGAAUUGCCGCAGCGCCAGGCGCAGCCCUGA